AUGUCAUUCAAUUCAAGAAUUGAAACUAUUUCUCGUCACUUAAGCACUGGACCAAUUUUAGAAUCAAAUCCAACUUCUGGAUCAGUUAAAUCAGGAGAUGAUAUUGUAAUUGUUGCACCAUUUCGUACAGCAAUUUGUAAAGCUAAAAGAGGAGCAUUCAAAGAGACAGCACCAGAUGAUUUAUUAGCACCAGUUAUUAAACAUAUUAUCAAAGUUACCAAAUUAGAUCCAAAAUUAAUUGGAGAUGUUGUUAUGGGAGCAGUAUUACCAAGAUCAUCACAAGGUGCAACCGAAGUUAGAGUUGCCACAUUAUUAGCAGGUUUACCAAAGGAAGUACCAUGUUAUACAGUCAACAGACAAUGUUCAUCAGGUUUACAAGCAAUUGCCAAUUGUGCAGCAGCAGUCAAAGCAGGUUUCUAUGACAUUGGUUUAGCAGGCGGUGUAGAAUCAAUGAGUUUAAAUCCAAUGGCAUGGGAUGGUGGUUUCAACGAGGUUGCCCAAGAGGAUCCAAUCAUUAGUGGUUGUUACAACACUAUGGGUCAAACCUCUGAAAAUGUCGCAGAGCGUUUUGGUGUCACCAGAAAAGACCAAGAUGAAUUCUCUGUAAAUUCACACAAGAAGGCAGGUGCCGCCCAAAAAGCAGGUAAAUUUGACGAUGAAAUCGUUCCAGUCACCGUAAAGACCGAGGAUGGCAAAACCAUCGUCGUCGAUAAAGACGAAGGUAUCCGUGAGAAAACCACCGUUGCAGAUUUGGCCAAAUUAAAACCAGCUUUCAAAGAGGGUGGUACAACCACCGCUGGUAACUCUAGUCAAAUGAGUGAUGGUGCCGCCGCUUGUUUAGUUAUGAAAAGAAGUACCGCCGAAAGAUUGGGUCUCAAGGUUGAAUUGGUUUUCGUAGCUUUUGCUGCUGUCGGUGUCGAACCAUCCAUUAUGGGUAUUGGUCCAGCCGUUGCAAUUCCAGCCGCCUUAAAACAAGCUGGUCUCACCACUAAAGAUAUCGACGUUUUUGAAAUCAAUGAAGCUUUUGCUUCUCAAGCAUUUUACAGUUGUAAGGUUUUGGGUUUGGAUAUGAACAAAGUUAAUCCAAAUGGCUCUGGUAUCGCUUUAGGUCAUCCAUUAGGUGCUACUGGUGCCCGUCAAAUGGCUACCAUUUCAAGAGAAUUACAUCGUCGUAAAGGUAAAUAUGGUGUAAUCUCUAUGUGUAUUGGUACUGGCUUAGGUGCUGCAGCUGUUGUUCGUACAGAUUAUUAA